CCAACAAACCCAUAUCUCCACUCCCUGUUUUUUUAUCUCCACUUCAUCUCUCAGAACAAAACUGAAAGCCCCAUCUCAACAACUACACUGUUAAGAGAGAAGAACAUGGCAGAGCUCAAUAGAGCUUCCAAAAACAGAGGAUUCUAUGUAAGAAUGAGACAAUUACACCCCACCACCAAGCAUCAUGGAAGACAAACAGAGAAGAAGACCCAUUGCUACAGAUAUCUCAAAUGGGUCCUCUGGUUUUCUCUCUCCUCCUCCUACUUCCUCACCUCCUCCCUCAUUACCCACCAAUCCGCCACCACCUCUCUCUCUAAAACCACCUUACCCUCUCGUGCCCUGUUCGAGUCCCUCAACAAAACCCAUCUCCAAAAACUCAAUACCCAUCCAGCUCUGGGUUUAUUCAACGAUUUGAAAGUCUAUAUAUACGAUUUGCCAUCGAAAUACAACACUGAUUGGCUUUCCAAUGAGAGGUGUAGCAACCACCUCUUCGCUUCCGAGGUAGCUAUACACAGAGCUCUGUUGAAUAGCGACGUUCGGACGCCCGACCCGAAUGAGGCUGACUUCUUCUUCGUCCCAAUCUACGUCUCCUGCAACUUUAGCUCCGUCAAUGGCUUCCCGGCGAUCGGUCACGCACGGUCUCUGAUUGAAUCAGCGUUCAGGAUCAUCUCAUCGGAGCUUCCAUUUUGGAACCGGAGCCGGGGCUCCGACCACGUCUUCGUCGCUUCUCACGAUUUCGGAGCUUGUUUUCACACAAUGGAGGAGGUAGCGAUUGAAGAUGGAAUACCGGAGGUACUGAAGAGGUCGAUUAUAUUGCAGACAUUCGGUGUUAAGCAUGGACACCCGUGUCAAGAAGUUGAGAAUGUGGUGAUUCCACCGUAUGUGUCACCGGAAAGUGUACGGUUCACCAUUGCAAAAGCUCCGGCGAAAGGACGGCGAGACAUUUUUGUUUUCUUCAGGGGCAAAAUGGAGGUUCACCCUAAGAACAUCAGCGGUCGUUUUUACAGCAGGUAAUUACUUCAAUUAUUUAUUUAUUUAUUUAGGGACUCCUUAUUCUCUCGAUUUUGCUCUAAUACAU